GGGUGCAGGCUGAGCUGAUCCCACGUGUGACGAUUGCAUUCCCGGUUCAGUAAUAUUCUCCUUGCGGGGCUCCGCUUUGCUUUUUGCCUUGUCUGUGUGUGUCUGUUUAGUUGCUGCCUGUAGGUUGAUUAGCUAUGGAUGGAGACGGGAGCCAAGCCACCUCUGGAAGCUCAAACGAUACGCAACAUGACCCGGGUAAAAUGUUUAUCGGUGGCCUCAGCUGGCAAACAUCACCAGACAGCCUUAGAGACUAUUUUAGUAAAUUCGGGGAAAUAAGGGAAUGCAUGGUGAUGAGGGACCCCACGACAAAACGCUCCAGAGGGUUUGGGUUCGUUACGUUUGCAGAUGCGGCCAGUGUAGAUAAAGUCUUAGCUCAACCACACCAUGAAUUAGACUCAAAGACGAUCGACCCCAAAGUGGCCUUCCCUCGUCGCGCCCAGCCUAAGAUGGUCACGAGAACAAAGAAAAUCUUUGUGGGGGGCCUGUCUGCGAACACAGUGGUGGAUGACGUGAAGCAGUAUUUCGAGCAGUUUGGAAAGGUAGAAGACGCUAUGCUGAUGUUUGAUAAGACUACUAACAGACACAGAGGCUUUGGCUUUGUAACUUUUGAGAAUGAAGACGUCGUAGAGAAAGUCUGCGAAAUUCAUUUUCACGAAAUCAAUAAUAAAAUGGUAGAAUGUAAGAAGGCCCAGCCCAAGGAGGUGAUGUUUCCUCCAGGGACACGGGGCCGAGCCAGGAGUCUGCCCUACACCAUGGAUGCCUUCAUGUUGGGCAUGGGCAUGCUGAGUUACCCCAACAUCGUGGCGACCUAUGGCCGUGGGUACACUGGAUUCGCUCCCAGCUACAGCUACCAGUUCCCCGGUUUCCCGGCGACGGCGUACGGACCGGUGGCGGCGGCAGUGGCAGCAGCGCGGGGCACAGGCUUCCCCGAUUACGGGUUUUAUUCCGCGCCCAGCGACCAGCGGGGGGCGCCCUGCUCCUUUGCGGACUAUGGCUCGCUGGGGCCCCAGGCGGCUCAGAUGCUGCAGAGCGAGCACGCCGCGUCCGCCUGCACCUCCCCCCUGCAGCAGCUGCACAGCCCGGAUCAGUUUAAGAGCCCAGGCACUAACCCCCCUCGACCUGGGGGCUUCCCUGGUGCCAACAGCCCGGGGCCUGUAGCGGAUCUGUACGGCCCAGCCAGUCAGGACUCGGCUGUGGGUAACUACAUCAGCGCCGCCAGCCCCCAGCCUGGCUCUGGCUUCAGCCACGGCAUCGCUGGCCCUCUGAUUGCGACAGCUUUUACCAACGGAUACCACUGAACCCUAACAGGUGGUCGGAUGCCAUCUCAGUGGAGAGAGUAUGUGGAGGUCCUGGGAAGACGGGCCGAAGUUUCUGACUGGCCAUGUACAGGUGAUGUCAUGAGCACUGCAGCAUCCCACUGGUGAAAGGGAUACGGGGGUGGCACCAUGAAGAUGAGAACAAAUGAAACGUCAAGUUCAUCUCAGAAAAGAAUACAACUGCUGUACCAUAACUCAAACCGUGUAACUACAUAACACUUUUUUUUGCUCAUUUUAAGUUCUUUUGCUUUUACUCGGUUUAAGUUGCAUUUUUAAAGUUUUUGGGUUGUGAUCAUUACUGUCAUGUUCUUAUUUCUAUUCAUGUGAUUUUUUUUUUGAGGGGGUCGGGGGGGGGGGUAUUUUGGCAAACGAAGUUUGACAGUGUUUGCUGGUUAUGUGUGAAUUACCUUUGGUACCAAUUAUUGUAAAAGAUCCAAUUUUAUGGCAUCAUAUUUGCACAAAAAAGGUUAAAGAUACACGUUGAUUUUUUUGGACAGAACAUUGAGUACAUAUAAAAAAGAGAGGGAAGCUGAACUAAUCAAUCUUAGUAGCUGUUUUUAAUUCUUGUGAUGUCUCAUUGUUAAUCAUAAUUACCUAUUUUUGGGCAAUACAAAGAGGACUCCAAUAUUUUUAUGGUCCUUUUUUUUAUAAGUGUUGUUUUUGUCGUUUAGAAAAAGAUGUAUACUAUGACAUUUUUUCAGAUGAAUACAUUGUGAAUUCAGAUUUAAGAAAAAGAAAAUGUAACUAAAUAUUCCAGUCAUUGCAUAUAACCAACACAGAAUGAAAAAAAACAAAAAACAAACAAACAUAUUUUUCUGACAGUGUGUCGAAGAAAUUGCUCCAGGGUGUGAAUAAACAAAAAGAAAAUAUAGGUCUUAAAAAGAUGAUUAUUUAGGUGUCACUCAAAUAAAGUACGUACCCCAGUGACAAAUAUGAUCUAUUGGAUAGCUGUUUGGCUUGCUCUGUAAAUAAUAAAGCUGAAUAAUUUUACAAGCAUCAUACCAGCAUAUUUACAAAACGGUGACUACAGGGCACUGCUUAGAGUGGCGUCAGCAUUAUUUGAGUUGUCUUUUCUCUCUGCUGUGGAGAUUCAAGCUCGACAGAAUCUUCAAAAUAAUAAUUAUUGAAUCCAAAGCACACUGUAUGUAGUGUUGGAGAAAAGGACUCUGAAUUCAGUCCAGAGGUUUUAGCCUACUCUGCGUGUCCAGACAAUUUUAUACUCCUCACAAGAAAAAAAAAAAAAAAAAGGAACUUACCAUGUUAUUUGGUGUCGUUUGUCUUAUCCACUUAGUUCCAGCUGCCUUUGGAGCUUCGUAUCGAGUGUCACAGCUGAUACGUAAAAGCUUGUUAUUGGUUUGCUGUUUUGUUGAGUUUUUUUAAGUCAGUUCUUUCAAAUGAAUUAAGGCCAGGCAAAUGUUUUUAUACCAUACCUCAGUCCUGUGAGUUUAAUGAUGAAAUACAGUGAGAAUAUUAAUUUAUUUUAUCAUUUUAUCAGAGAGUUAACAGGCAAAACAAGCUGAUUGGGUAUAAGGGUAAAACAUUGCACUGUGACCAGUAGGAAACACCUGACCACUUUCUCUUUGCACAUGUUGGCUAUUUCGAAUCAACCUGGACUAGGGUUUCAUGUAGGAAGUCUUCGUGUGAAGGUUACCGUCCCACGUGUCUCCAGGACAGGUAUUAGAGCAGGCCGAACGAGACGCAGUCCCCACAGCUCAUGCUCAGACCUCAUUUCGUGGAUAUAGCCAACCUCUAAUCUAAAAUAUUGACAUAUUUUAGACGCAGCCAAUAGUGACACUGAAAAAUACGCUCGCGCUGAGAACCUCAGCUGCUGGGCUGUUUUUAUUAACAUGUAAGGACUGGUUUCAGUCAGCGAAAUGAUGUUUAAUGAUGUGAUCUGAAAGUGCGUAUUGAUGGAGGUGAUGAUUUGAUUGAUGUAUAUUUGUACAUUAGUCUCUUGUUUCCUGCUGCAAAUGUAUACUACAUUUUUUUUUUUUGGAUUGAUUUUAUUUUAUUUGAUGUAUUUUAAUGCUCUGAAUAACCAGGUGAAGCAAAAUGCUGGAUGCUUUUUACAUGAUAUGGAGAUACGAUCAAGUAAUAACUUAAACGAAGAAGAAAAAAAGCCUGAAGACUAUUGUAAUGUUCAAAUGUACAAGAGAAAAAUGAAAUACAAAACUUUAAAAAAAGGAAAAAAGAUGUUCCUUCACUGAUUUCAAUUUUGAAUCAGGGGAUUUUCUUAUUGUUAUUUUAAUUUUUUUUUUUUUUGUGGUUGUUAUAAUGAGUAAUUAUAAUAACAAUGAUAGUACAAUGUACUGUGCUGCCAUCCACUUCUCUCCCGUCCCCUUCACUGAAUACAAUCUUUAGUUCAUGACUGUAUUUAGUGGUGUGUAAAAAUCAUAUAUUGUAACAAAGUGCUGUCUUUGAUACCAGUGUGGUGGUCUCCCGUACCUGGCCGUACCUGGCCGCCCCCCCGUUCAAUUACUAGGUGUUGUGUAGUCACUCUAAAUACGGUAGUUCGUAGCACAUCUAGGACCGGUGAAGGUAGAACUUUCUUGUAUUAUAUUGUAUCGUGAGGAGUUAUUUAUUUUAGCAGCAAUUGAUCGUUACCGUUUGCUUCUUUCUUUUUAUUACAUUUUUUUUCCUCUUUUGUUGUGAUUUGCAGACUUCACAUGGUUUCAGCUUACCAAAGCGCUCACAAAAGAUCUAUAUAGAAAAAGAAAAGUACAAAUUACUGUAAGACAUUAUUACAAAAGGGGGUGCGGGCGGGGGUGAGUAUUUCGAUCCCCACCCUGGGAAGUUUUUAAAGGGGUGUGCCAUACUACCUUAAAUGCUAAUGCAAAACUAUAAUUUUGGAUUAUUUUUUAAGGGGACACAAGCUAUUAUUAUGAAGAUUUUAUGUGAAAGAUAUCAUAUUUUUUUAAAUGGUUCUCAUGGUUAAUAAUGAUAAUUACAAUACUAUUAAUCAACUGUAAUGUUUUGAUGUUUGUACACUUUCAAAAUAUCCCAGUUGCCUAAAGCACUGCUAUUUUUGAAUACCACUCUGUUUUUUAAAUGUUCUCUGCCUUUAAAAUGAUUCUGUUUUCCAUGCAUCAAAUAUCAUUUAAAGACAGAGGAUUUUGUUGUUGGUAACUACUGACCCUGGUAGCCAGCCUUUAAUUUGAACUACACCCACAUUUGUGGUGGUUUUCCAACCAUUUUUUUUUAGUGCAGCUCUGGUCAGCUGUCCAUUCAACUCCGUGUGUAAACGAUAAGGGCAGACGUAGAAAAGCAAACACUGAAAACUGUAUAUUUAUUUUAAAUUUAGUUGCAAGCGAUGAGGACUUUUUUUUAAAGGACAGGAUUUUUUUAACAGCUCAAGGUGUUCCCCCUGCUUUUUAUAGCUGUCUUGUUCCAAACAUGUGCUGUACAAUACAAGUUAACCACAUCGACCACGUGCAACGAUACCUCAGUUUGACGGCUUAAAAAAAAGGCUGUGCUGUAGAUGGUUUGGCAAAUUUUCCUUUGAGGGAUAAAAAAAACAACUAAUAUUCCAACAAAGCAAUAAACAUCACAAAACACUUUGAGAUUAAGUUAUUUGAAAGGGGCAGGUACACCCUUGCAUGGUCAUUACCAGCUGAUUCAAGAGAUCACAUGUACGACUUUCCACCUAUUUAUAUGCUUCAUCAGUUGUACUUGGGCCAUGUCUGCCAGCCAUACUGGGAGGACAAGCAAGCAAUGUGCACAUAAACAGAAAAUAAACACGACCUUUUUAACCACAGUUUUAUUGGUGGUGUGAGAAAUAGUUGGUGCUCUACUGUUCUACUUAUGGGAUUAUUUUGUUUUUUUACUCUGCUAGUUUAGACUUUAAGGUAGCAUGGCUCUGUUUCCUUCAGUUCAUUUUCAUUGACAGCAGUUUACCACAAAUGAAUGUUACGCAUCUGACUAGUGUAGUAAAUCCAUUUGUUUAGCAAAAAACAAAGACAACAGAAAAAAAGGCCUGGAAGAUGUUUGGAGUGUCCACCAAAUCCAUUUAAACAGUGCUUAAACUAUACGCUGUAUCCAUUUAAAAGGUGUUUGGAGUGUUCAAUGUACUCAUUUAAAACUGAAUCUGUAGGCAAGUGGUAGGCAAUGGUCAACUAUUAAUUAACCCAUGUGAAUGCAUACACACACACACACACACAGAGUCUGUUCUGCUAGAUGUUUUCAAGUAUCAAGUAAUUUACUUUAAAAAAAACAAAUUCUCCCCACCGCUCCCUAAUUGACUGAUGCGGUUGAUCGCUGCUUUCAAAACAGGCAACAACAAUACUUUGCUUCUGUUUAUCCAACUCUGGAAUCCAGUUCCAUUUAUGUACACGAUAAAAACCUAACUGACGACUGUUAACCAAUGAAUGAGCCACUUUUAACCUGGCAAUUUGGUCUCUGUGUCUGUCUGUGUCUCUCUCUUUCUCUCUCCCCCACUCCCUCCCUCCCUCCAGUUUGUAGUCCUUUAUGGCUGUCCUGUAGCAGCACACACCCUCCUGUCAUUCCUCCUGACUCUCCCUGUCUGCUGGGGAGGAGGCGCAGCUCCAUAUCGGGGUCCACAUCUCCCAGCCUGCCUCCUGCUCCUCCAUCUGCCCAAUCCUGACAUUUCUAUCAUUUUCUUUCUUGUCUUUUUCUUAACAUUAAUUACUUUUAAUGAUGAGAGACUGACCGAAAUGACAAAAGUCUGAAAGCAUCUUUCAGGUCCUCUUAUAAGGCUUGCUUAAAGCCCUGUUAUAAAAUUAAUGUAAAAUAAUAAUAAUAUAAAAGGUAGGGUUCUCACACCUCAGAUGUGGAAAGUAUAAUUUUAUAUUUGUAUUUUGAAAUGGUAAUAAUAAGAAUUAAAUGAUGUUUCUGAAGGGUUUCCCUCCUCUGCUGUGGUCCAGAAAUCGAUGUGUCUGUCUGGGAAAAAAAAUAAACUUAAAUUAACUAUUUUA